GCGUGCGCGUGCGUCUGACGAGGAUGGCAAACACGCGUGCCUUUACGCCGAGCGAGAAGCACACAGCGCACGGCGGAAGAGAAUGAAAAAAGGCCUUACAAUCAAAAAGUGCUGCACGUGCCGUGAUUGCCCGGACAGCAUUUAACAACUCCAAGAGGCGAUCCAAUGUCUUCGUAACUCAAGAAAACGACCUCACGAACAUGGUACAAGCACCGGACAUUGAAAUGGGGCACAAAGACUUGCCGCAAGCGUUGGUGCUGCUCGGCGAGAUGAACGUGAGCGCACAGCACGUUGCUGGUCUGGUGGACAACAUGCUGGUGAAGGUGAGGAAGGGUGAAAUCAGCACUGACCAGGGACUUAGCUUUCUUGAGAUGAAGUACAACAUGCUGCUUGGGUAUCUUAUUAAUUUAACAUUUGUGGUGCUGAGGAAGUGCUCAGGAGAGAGCAUUGAAGGUGAUCCAUGCAUUGAUAGGCUGGUUGAGAUCAGGACAGUAUUGGAGAAAAUCCGGCCGAUUGAUCACAAGCUGAAGUAUCAGAUUGACAAACUGGUGAAGACAGCUGUAAGUGGUAGCAAUGCAAAUGAUCCCAGUAUGUACAAGGCAAAUCCAGAUAAUAUGCUGGAAAAUAGUGAGGAAGAGGGCUCAGAAGAGGAGAGUGAAGGUGAAACUAAAACUGGGAAGAGUUCUGGUGUAUAUGUGCCUCCAAAAUUGUCAGCUGUACAUUAUACAGGUGAUGAAACUGCGCAAGAACGUACCAAGCGCAUGCAGGAUAGAACCAAAAAGGCAGCGAUUUCAUCAGCGUUGAUGGAUGAACUGCGCGAGGAGUACCUGGACACACCAAUGGAGGUCAAUCAGGGUUCACGCGCUCAGCAGAAGGUGUCCAAGGCGGCCCAGGAACGCCAGCGAUACGAAGAGGAGUACCUCACCAGAUUGCCCGCCGAUAAGAAGGAUAAACACACACGUGGUAAACUCACCACGCUGGGUAGCCUCGGUGAUGAGGUGACCGAUUUCGGCGAGAAGAAGAGCGGUGGUAAGAAUAAACGCAAGCGGCCCGGCAAGUCGAAAACGGCACUCCGCAACAAGCGCAAGCGCUUCCAUUGAAAAUGCUGACUCGAGCACGUCUUAUGAUUCACUCUGAUUUCAUUAAACAUAAUUAGGAAUCACGAAUACUGUCAAUUUAACCAAAUGACAAUUUUUAAUUGGUAAACACUUUACAAAAACACUUAGUUCAAACACAUAAGGAACAGUAAUAAGUAAAAUGAUAUCAAAAUAUUUUGCUUUGUAAUGCAAAAUGUUACAAAGUUGCGCUCAUUGCGUUUGUUUGUCUGUGAUAAUAUUAGAGACACAGACAGUAUGCGCGAAAAUCGUCUACGCACACACAGAAAUAAACUUGGUGUGUGUGUGUGGAUGAUUUUCGUGUGACUUUGAGUUAUUCUGCAAUAAAGGUCGUUUUUGCGGAACCAGGAAAUAACGAGGGUACAUUUUAAACAUAAAAACGAAAAACUUCCUUCGAUUCGCAGAUAAUUUCAAAGUGAAAAAUCGUUGAAACGUUAACAAGUGACAAAAUGAAAAGAGCUUAAACCCCAGUUGCCUAUGGUGACCAAAAAUGUUUCAGUUUUGCGAGCAAUUGCGAGAAUUAUCAAAAAAAUGAAAAGAAAUUAACUUAUAAAUUAUGAUCAUCUAUUUGAUUUCAAAUACAAUUAACGUGUGUAAACGGAGAGAAAAAAUUCAAAAGUAAUACAAAAACGUGCAUGUCUAAUUGCAUGGAUAAAAAUCUAAAAAACCAAAAAUACGUAGUAGUUUGUAGCAAAACAUAUUUCGAUAAUGGUAGUUUUGUGUUUUUGCCAAUCGCGGCGAAGCAGAGAAUGCAGGAUAUUUCGGUGUACAUCUUUCGGCUAUUAUAACCGUUUCGGUCUUUGUAUUCCUUUAGGUAUUCAUACUAGUUUUCUAUCUCUUUGGACAAUUUAUAAUCACUUUUGUUUGUUAAGCAUAUUUAUCGUGUUUUGUUUUCGUGGGCAUUCAGUUACGCGUUAUUGGUUACCAAAAUCUUUGAUUUCGAAUUUAUGAUAAAUAAUUAAUCGAAGAAUAUAUGUGCGCGCGUAUUAAUUCUAUAUUAAAGGUAUCAUUGGUGAGUAACGGAGAUAAAUGAGGAUAAAAUGAUGGAAAAAAAAUGAUUAAAUGAAAUAUAGACUGAAUAUUUUUACUAUACAUUAUUAUUCAAUGCAAAUAUGGCGCAUUUUAUUAUACAUACGCAUAAAGUACGCAAAGUUACGAUAUUAGCAGAGAUAUUGUAAGAUGUAGGGCGGACUCGUAGCCUCUUCAAUCUUCACUUUCACGUUAUACUUAACAUUUACAAAACUUUCGUGGACUAAAAAUUGUUUUCAAUUUUUCGAACGUCACAGAUGCAUAUGAAAGUUUUAUUAACUUGUAUCUAUUGUUAAGAUGGUUGGGUCUUGUUGGGAUGUCACUGUUUUGUCAUCCCAGACCUUACGCAUCUUUGGAUGGAUCAAAUAGCUGCAGAUAUAUUUUUAUCUUGAAUUUUUACUAGUGUAUCGAAUCGAAUAGUAAUGUAAAUGUCUAUAAAACGAUAAAGAUAAAGCAAAAAAAAUCAGUCGUGGUGUAAAAGUUGUAUCAUAAUGUACAAGAUCAUUAAUUCUUACACCAUAUGAUUAAUAUUUUCUUAAAAAACAAAAUGAUAAAAUGGAAAAAUUACUCAUUCGCACCGAAAAUCUACUGCGAAAGCAAAAAAUACGCAUGUAAGCAAACGUAUAGUCAUUAUCAUGUAUGUAUUUAUCAGCGGGCAGGGCUUGCUUCUGUUCUGGUAGGCGCAAUACUUCAAGUCCAACUGGUUAUUGUUAUUAGGGAAAUCGUUGUAUCCCCAGUUGCGACUUGGAAAGAAGUGCUCAUGAUUUUUGUAUCAGUUUUACGAGAAACGUUUGAUUUCGAUGUUAUACCGAUUGCCUUCUCACAAAACAAACAAAAGAUACAAAUGUCGUAGCGAUAACAAAAUACAUAUAGUCGUAAUCACAAUAACGGGAAUAAGUUGACAAACACGCACGAAACUGGAAUAUUUUCUACAUUUCAAGCAGAUUUUUUACAAUAAUAUCGAAUAAUAACGGCACAAUUCAGUCGAUCGUCAAAUCGAACAAGUGACACAAACAAAGAAGUUAUUUGUUGUUAAUAUUAUAGAUACAAAGGUUGUUUGUUGAAAAAUACUUCUUGUUUGUGUUCUCGUUACACAGCAGUGCACACGCAGGCAGAAUUUGUUACCGAAACUCUUGACAAUGAAGAAACAUAGCAAUUUAAUUAUUUUCUUUAACUGUUAUAAGUUAUCACAUACUAUUAUUAUUAUUAUUAUUAUAUUCUUAUUACUUAUUAUUAUUUAUUACGUUUUUCGGUUAUCAACUAUUCGUAUGAUGUUGUUUUUCAUUUAUGUCUUGAUUAUAAUAAUCGUCUUAGAUGUGAAAAUCUAUAAUGCUGCUAUUAGAAACUUUUGGGGAUUAAAAUGGAGAUAAAAUUAAAGUUUAGUCUAUGUAAAAAUUGUGUAAAGAAAUCAGUAGCUCUUUCGGAUGAAUGCAAAACACAAAAAAAAAUUACGUAUCUACUUAUAAAAUAAUGUUUAGGUAAAAAUGAACGCUACUGAAACGUAAAAAUUGUAAAAUUAAGCUCAACCAUUUAUGAUGAAACAAAAUUGUAUAACGUUAGUUUAUCGCUAUUUAAUUUCACUCUCUAGUGAGUGUUCCAAUCGAUUGAUUUCUUAACAUUUCUAUCGUUUAUUAUAAUUGUAUUUAUGGCUUUAAUUCUGAUGACUUUAAUUAUACGAAACAUUUGUAUUUCUAGACAA